GAGCAGCCUUCUGGGGGCUGCAUGCCAGCAGUGGGCAGUCCAGAGGCAAAAGUGGGCAUGGUCUGUGGCAAAGGUGGGCAGAGCAACAAACAUAAAUUGUACCAUUAUACAGUAGGCUCAUUUCUACACACAGACCUCCCUGCCCUACAACCAGGUCAAGCAAGAGGCAUGAUCAGAGCCAGUGAGGGAUGUAGCCUGGAGAGAGGGGUGUGUGGAUGGGGAGAAUCCUGAGGGCCAGAUAGAGGCCUGGAGAGCAGCAUAUGGCCCCUGGGACUGAGGUUCCCAAUCCCUGGUAUACAGGAUUGCAGCCUACAGCUAGACGUUCCCCUUCCCCAAGGGACCAAUCCCACUUGCCACUCAAGAAUGCCCUCAGGGGAUACUCUUGGAGAUAGGCUCGGCAAAAUGUUGUAGGGUCAGCCACUCCAACUGACCUCUCAGGAAGCCAAAGACCCAAAUCAGACGUUUGACUUUACCAGCAGGAGAUUCACCCCAGUCUCCCACUCUAAAGUAGAGAGAGGCGAUCCGGGAUUCAAAAUGGAGGAGAGGUUAGAAGCUGCAGGCAAAGCCCCGCACGUUGUCACAGUGACGUGCAUGAAGGAGUUACCGAAGCGGGCAGCACCACAAAAUGGUAAACAGCAACCCGAUGAUGGGCAGCCCCACCAAUGGUCAGCCAAGUGUCAGGAGUUCUUGAAGGCAUUGGAUUCCCAUAGCUCAGGAUGGGGAAACCCACCACUGUCAAAGCUUGGGCCAUGGGAUGACAGCAAGGCUUUUCUGGCCUCCUUUGAGCAAGUCGCCGAGGCCUGCCAGUGGCCUAGAGGAGAGUGGGCGGCCCGGCUCCUGCCAGCCCUGAGCGGAGAAGCCAAGCAGGCCUUCAGCGGCCUAGAAGCCGGUGACAGGGAGGACUAUGGGAAGGUGAGGGCGGCCAUCUUGCAAAGGGAGGCCAGCAGAAUGGAGGCGCUGCGCCAGCACUUCAGGCAAUUCCGCUAUCAGGAAGUUGAGGACCCGCGGAGGAUUUACGGGCAGCUCCGGGAGCUUUGCCACCAGUGGCUGAAGCCAGAGAGACACACCAAGGAGCAGAUCCUGGAGCUGCUGAUCCUGGAGCAGUUCCUGGCCAUCCUACCCCAGGAAAUCCAGAGUAGGAUCAGGGCCUGGGACCCAGAGACUGGCACCCAAGCGGUGACAGAGGAGUUCCUGUUAAUUCCCCAAGAGGCCAAGACUUGGGGGUGGCAGGAUCUUCAUUGCUGUUUCCAGGUGCCAUUGGGGGAAGUGGCCCUGAGCCCCUCGGAAGCAGGGGGAGCACCUCAGAGGGAAAUCUACGUAGAGGCCAAGGAGAAAGCGGAUAAAGAUCUCUGUUUGCUGGCCAGCGGAAUAAUGUCUCCAAGUCAUCCCAGUUCGGUGCUUCCUCCUGAAGAGCAAGAAAUGGCUGACGCUGGGCUUCCUGAGGUUUGUGAGGAGAGUGUGAAUUUGAAUGAGGUGACCGUGACUUUGGACAACACUGAGUGGGCGGUGCUAAACCCCACCCAAGGGACCAUGCAUUGGGAAGUCAUGCAGGAGAACUCUGAGGACAUCAGCUCUUUGGGAGGAUUUGUGAUUCCCAAAUCUGAGGCUGCAUCCCAGAUGAAAAAAGGAGACAUGAUGUUCAUCCAGGACUCCGAGCCUGGUGAGACGUUUGCAGGCAGCAUUUCAGAUGAGGAGGAACCCCUUAAAAUCAAGAAGGAGACUUCUCAAAAAGGAAGUCGAGACCCAGAGGAAAUAUACAGUAUGUCGCUGGAAAUAUCCCAAGGAAAGGCUUCUCUGGUGGCUGAGAUUCAUGAACAAGGAAGCAAACCUGAUGGGCAACAGGGGAAGAAGCUGCUGGAGGAAUGGGACGAAUUAAAUGAGGCUGCAGAAAGUCAUGUGACAAUUAAGGAAGCCUCAAGGCACACACGAGUAAAUAAGUUUUUGUACUCCAAGGGUGGGAAAUGGUACCGAUGCAGAUCAGGACUGGUUACAAAUCAGGGCAUCCACUCUGGAGCGACCCCGUACGAAUGCAUUGUGUGUGGGAAACAGUUCCAGAAGAAAAAUUACCUUGCUAAACAUCAGAGAAUCCACACGAGACCAAAAGUGUACCAGUGCUCUGAGUGUGGAGAGAGCUUCAACUGGCGAGAAGGGUUCAUCAGACACCGAGGAACACACACAGGCGAGAAGGCGCACGAAUGUUCUCAGUGUGGGAAAUGCUUCAGUCAGAGGGAGAGUUUGAUUCGGCACGAGAAAAUCCAUACCGGUAAAAAGCCGUUCGCAUGCCCUGAGUGCGGGAAGAAGUUCUGUCGCAGGGAUUCGUUGGUGAGGCAUCAGAAGAUCCAUACAGGAGAGAAGCCUUAUGAAUGCACUGAAUGUGGGAAGAGCUUCAAUCAAAAAGAGGUACUGCUCAGACAUCAGAGAAUCCACACAGGAGAGAAGCCAUAUGAAUGCCAGGAGUGUGGGGAAAGCUUCACCCAGCGAGCCAUCCUGAAUAGACAUGAGAAAAUCCAUAUCGGAGAAAAGACCUUAUUAAUGCUCUGAGAAUUAGUGCUUCUCUUUCUUUUAAAGAUAUGUUGGCCUUGUCUAUCGCGUGUUUUCUUUUUUCCCAAGGAAAUGAAUAUAAACCUUUUGGUAUGCUCCAAGUAAUGCUUAUAUUCUCAGAGAUAUUGAGAGGAAUAGCUCAAGAGUUUACCCCAGUGCUGGUUCCAGGUUUCCAGAGGACCUCAAACAAGAGCCCCCUCAUCUUUACCUAGAAGAGGUGGGUCACGCCAAAGGAGAAUUCUCUCUUGCUGGGGAGGAGCCAUGAUUUAGCAAUAGGGCAGCAGCGUUCCACGCAGAAGGUCCCAAGUUCAAUCCUUGGCCUCUCCCAUUGGAAGGAUCAGGUCAUAGGUGAUGGAGGGGGGAGGGAAACCUGUCUGAGCUCCUAGCUAGGUGCUGCCAGUCAGAAUCAACAGUAUCGGCCAAGGUGGAAGCAAUGGCCUCAUUCUAGAUACAGCAACUUCCAUACAUCCAUACAGAGUGAGUAUGGCAGUGACGAAGAGGCUUGGGCCAGCCUUGUGGCAAUAUGGGGAUAAUCAUGCCUACCUUACAGGGUUGUCAUAAGGAUUACAAGAAGAUCAUGUAUUAUUGUUCCUGCUGCUGCUGCUUCUGCUGGGGCUCCAGCAAACACCUGUCUUCACAAACACUGGCCAAAGCCAUCACGCUAUACCUUUCUCCAGUGGAUGAGGAUUUUUUUAUUCAUGAAGGCUGCAGCCUCACAUGCACACACGCUGCUGACAUUGUGAAGUUAGUGUUAGCAAUAUGACAUUCACUAUUUCAUUGGAAACCAUCUUAAAGGCUGGUGCAGGGCUGAUUUGUUUUUCAUAUCUAUUUGUUCUACCCUGUUUUGUAAUUUACUAAUCAUGAGAGUGUGUUUUAAUUCUUGUUUUAUUUUUCACUUUCCCCCCCCCUAUUGUCCCUGGUUUUUACACUUUUUCCACAUGACUUUGAGCAGUUUUGGAAAGGAAAUAAAACAACUGCCUCCUACAAUUUUUAUAUAGAUAAAGAAAGAAAGAAACAUUACUGGCCUGACUCAGAACCCCUUUCUAGGGUCAACAGAGUGCCUUUGAUUGUCCUGGCACCACUUGGGAUGACAUUCAGAAGGCAAUUUGACCUCCCAUCAUUUCGCAGAAAGGUCCUGUCAGUGUGUGAUGCUGGACACCGUGUAUUUAGACAGUUCAAAAAGCUUUCAACAAUAUACCUCACCAAAGACUCCUGAAUAAGCUUAGCUGUCGUGGAAUAAGAGGAGAGGUCCUCUUGUGGAUCAGGAAUUGGUUAAAUAGCAGGAAGCAGAGAGUAGGAAUCAAUGUAAUAAAAUUGCUCCCAAUGGACGGCUGUAGAAAGUAGAGUCCCACAAAUAUCGUUAUUGGGACCUGUGCUUUUUAACUUGUUCAUAAACGAUCUAGACUCUAGAGGUGGCCAAGUUUGCUGAUGAUACUAAAUUGUUCAGGUUUGUUAGAAAGGGAUUGCGAAGAGCUCCAAAAGGACCUCUCUAAACUGAGUUCAUGGGCUGUAAAAUGGCAAAUGAAAUUUACUGUAAACAAGUGAAAAGUUAAGCAUAUUGGAGGAAAAAAAUCUUAAUUUCACAUAUAUGCUCAUGAGGUCUGAACGUUUGGUGACCGACUAGGAAUGAGACCUUGGGGUUGUAGUAGAUAGCUCAAUGAAGAUGUCAAUCCAUUGUGUAGCAGCUGUGAA